AUGGACGCGCAAGCAAACUCGACAGGGGGAAGUAGCGCACCCCCUUCGAGGGAAGUACUGGAUGACAAACCAGGAAUUGUUGCGUCAGUCACUGACGCCAUACCAGGCAACUUCAUGGACAUUGCUAGCCCGGAGGCACUACCGGAUGUACCUAACACAUCAAUAUUCACGCGAGCCACCAAUCCAUUCAAACCAGAGUGGGUUGCAGCAAUUCUGAAGCUGGUCAAGACUGGACCAGAUCUGUCAGACGAACAACGGAUGCAAGCUCAAGACUUCAUUGCCAGCUAUGCCGACAUCUUCGCACUCUCAGUAUCAGAGGUGUUCCUGGUGGAGGGCGCAACUUACGCAGCAAAGAUCCUGCCUGACCACAAGUUCAGCACGAAGGUCCACCAGAAACCGAUGACACCACCACAGGAGGCAUACCUACAGGCGCAAACACAAAAGUUGGUCGAGGCCGGGGUUAUCCGCCCAAUUCAUCCCCGGGACGUAAAGUGUGUAUCACCUAUCAAGCUGGCACAGAAGGAGCACGACGGUGCUGCCUUGUUGCACAAGGAGUUGAAGCGUGAGCUCAACGUUGCAUGCGAGCAAGCAGGGUUACCUUUACCCUACAAGACAGAGGUGGACUUGGGAACCCGCGGCAACUCGCGGCCCGAGCGGCCACAAGAGCAGCAGUGGAGGAUCUGCCAGAACUUUCACGAGCUGAAGGCUCUACUGAAGGUGGUCCCUGUGCCGCAAGGUGACAUUCAGGACAAGCAGAGACGCCUGGCUGGACACCGGUAUGUGUCGGUGUUCGAUUUCGCCUCAGGGUUCUUUGCCCUACGUGUCGACGAGAACGCACAGCCAUAUCUUGUGAUGUUCGUACCAGGCAUGGGAUAUUUUGCUUACAUGCGGAUGCCAUUCGGGCUGACAGACGCUCCCACAGAGUUCGGUGCCAUGUGUGCGGACAAGCUCAGCGACCUGCUGGUACGGGUCAUGGAGUUGUUUGUGGACAACGGCGGAUCUGCGGCAGAUACGUUUGAGGAGAUGAUGGACAAGCUGCGGUUGGUCUUUGAUCGGGUCCGUUUGGAGGGUCUGUCGCUGUCGGUGGCAAAGACGCGGCUUUUCAUGACGGAAGCGGUGUUUGUGGGGGCAAUGGUUGGCCCUCAGGGGGUUACACCAGAUCCCACCAAGCUUACAGCGGUGGUGGGAUGGAAGACACUGGAAAACGCAACCAACCUUGCGGCGUUUUUGGGGCUGACCGGAUACUUCCGGGAUAUCAUCCAGAACUAUGCCAGAGAGGAAGCACCACUUUGGAACCUCCUCAAGUCCGUGCCGAUGCCGCCCAGCCCCAGUCGUCAAGUCUACCAGACGGUCAUGAAGAAUUUCGACUUGCAACUGCUGUGGACCCCAGGACACACCUGGUGCUUCCUCCGGCUCAAGCAACUCCUCCUUUCCGCGCCAGUGCUUCGAGCCCCGCUAUACGACACCGUCCACAAACACCCUUUCAUCAUCACCACCGAUGGCAGCAAGGACGCUUUUGCCGGUGUUCUCUCACAGAAAAUGGAGUCGACAACAUCAGAUGGGCGAGUGGUGGUCCGACGGCAUCCCAUUGCAUUUGCGUCCAAGCGGACAUCAGUGGCUGAGGAGCGGUAUCAGCUGCAUCUAUUGGAGUUUGCCGCACUAAAAUUCGCCCUAGACAAGUUCUCCAAUAUUGUAUGGGGCCAGCCGAUCUGGUUGGAGACGGACUGCCAAGCGCUGCGCGAUAUCCUCAACAACGAGAAGCUCAAUGCAACACACACUCGAUGGCUGAACGGACUCCUGGGCUACAACAUUGUUGGUGCGGAACACAUCAAAGGGUUGACAAAUGCCGUGGCGGAUGCGCUGAGCCGGGCUGCGGAGGGGACACCGAAAACCCCAGGCAAUGGGAGCGAGUCAAGCGUCUCCCCAGACUGGGAGGCUCGGACCGGUCUAACCAACGACUUGUUUUCAAUCAAUGAUUGCAGGACCAAGGAGCUCGUCUGUGAGGUAGUCCGGGUACCCGAGGGCACCAUGAAACUCUGGGAACGCUUCAAGGACGAGCCGAUGUAUCAGGAGGUUGUGGACGCGCUGACGGAAAUGGAUCUGGGAUCCAGCCUGGCUGACCGAAAGCGAGCCCGGCACCGAGCAUUGCAGUACUUCAUUGAGGAGGGUCAAUUGUGGCGCGCAGGAGGUGGCACAGUGGUCAGGGGACGCUCAUGGCGCGAAUGCCUUACCCGUGAGGAAGCUCGCCAGAAGGCAGUAGACGUGCACGCAAAAGGGGGACACUUUCACCGCGAUGCUGUCAAGCUUGCACUGAUGGACAAAUACCAUAGCCCGGGCUUGGACGACUCCAUCAUGAGAGCCAUCGCGGACUGCGCCAAGUGCAAAGGAUUUGGUCCUGCAAAUCUGCAUGCGCUGAUGAACCCCAUUACACGUCGACAACCCUUCAAGCUUAUUGUGGGCGACUACCUUUCGAUGCCAGACGGCAAAGGCGGCUUCAAGACCAUUGGCCUGUUCCUCGAUGUGUUCUCACAAUUUGUUUGGGGGUUCAAGCUCAAAGAAUCCGGUUCUGCUAAAUCUACCACAGCUGCACUCGAACACAUAUUCAGCAAAUUCCACAGUGCGGAGGUCUUCAUGUCCGACAAUGGCUCUCACUUCGCCAACAAGGACGUGGAGGCAUUAUGCAAACGCCGACGGGUCCGGUUCCAUAAAGUCGCUGCAUAUUCCCCGUGGAUUAACGGGCCGGUCGAGGGAGCGAAUAGGAUCCUGCUGUACAUUCUGGCGAGGCUCUGCGCACCGGAGGUUGGUGAGGACACGUGGAAAUCCACAAAAAAGGACGACUUACCACGCCUCUGGCCGGACCAUUUUGACACCGCCAUCGAGACAAUGAACGACCGACUACUGCCGGCGGUGAAGUUCUCGCCCCGGGAGCUGCUUUUUGGACUCAUGACACCGACACCGGAUGCAGGGCAACACCCGGACGUCAAUUCGCGACCACUGACAAGCGACAUGGUGUUGCACAUGGAAUACGCGGAACAGCUCCGACUGGACGGAUACGCGGAGCGCGUCAAGUACGCUAUGGGUUGCAAGGCGGCCUUUGACAGGAAGGUGAUGAAGUCGAGGGCAGGGGUCGUGGCCUUCGAGAUUGGCAACCUAGUCCAGGUGUUUCGCAGCGACCUGGCCAACACGGUUAGUAACGAGCAAAAACUGACGUGCCGGUGGUCGGAGCCGCAUAGGGUGCAGGACAAGCUGCUGCACUCAGUUCGGCUGGAAUCGGUCGAGGGGACGCCCAUAGACGGUGUCUUCAAUGCUAGACGACUUCGACAAUACGUCCCCAGAGCUGGGACACAGCUAGCAAUAGCACAGGCUGCACUCAAAAGUGCGCGGGCCAAAUCAAGAUCAAAACGCGAGAUGGAUGAGGCAACGGAGGUGGGCAGGCUGAGACAAGCCGAACUCGAUGAGGUUGAGUGA